GGAUAUUUUGUUUGGUAGAUGAGCGACAGUGCGUUGGUUUAUGGCUGGCUAAGUGUGCAUUAACAGUCGUAUCUUAAGUUAAAUGUUAAACGAGAUUAAAUUAAGAUAAGGAUCGAUUUUAGAACCAAGGAGUAAGGAUGAACUUGUUGCCUCGCACAGCUGAAGAAUUCAGCUCUGCUGAUUACUGGGAGCGUUUUUUUCGCAAGCGCGGCGAUAAAGCUUUCGAGUGGUAUGGAGAUUACAAUUCCCUCUGUGGCGUGCUGCACAAAUAUAUCAAGCCGCGUGAGAAGGUGUUGGUUUUGGGCUGUGGAAACUCUGAGCUCAGUGAACAGUUGUAUGAUGUGGGAUAUCGAAAUCAGGUCAACAUCGACAUCAGUGAGACCGUAAUCUCUCACAUGAUCCAGCGCAACGCUGAACGUCGCCCUGACCUAACGUUCCAGCGGGUCGACGCCACCCAGACUGGCUUUGAGAGCGCCAGCUUUCAGGCGGCUCUGGACAAGGGUACUUUGGAUGCUAUGGCCUCUGAGGAGGAGGGGGCGUUGGCCAGACGGAUGCUUGAGGAGGUGGGGAGGGUUCUGUCUGUGGGAGGUCGUUAUGUCUGCGUGUCUCUCGCGCAGGAGCAUGUCGUGCAGCUGGCUGUGAGGUGCUUUGCAGAUGCCGGCUGGGCCAUUCGUAUCCACUGCCUGAGUAAACAGGAAGACCAGGGCUCUGAUGCUCCCUCAUUUGGACUACCUGUUUUCAUCCUCGUGUGCACUAAGUUCCGGCAGCCGCCCCCGUUCCCGGUGUUGGAAAUGUGUCAGGGUGAGGAUGGCGCCCCCAGCAGGCUGAAGUCGGUGCCUGAACUGUUAGCUGCGGUGAAGGAGUGCCAGGCCUAUGCCCUGCUGCGGCAGAAGCUCCGGGGUGGUGUGGACUCUGCCAGCUCUCCCACUCUCACCCUGUGUCACACGCCCACUGGACGCCCGCGGUACACCCUCACCGUGCAGGACUGCCCACCCUCGGCCAAGGUGCCCCGUGCCAACCACUUUGCCAUCUUUAUCGUGCCACAGGGUCGAGAGUCAGACUGGCUGUAUAGCUCACCUGAGGGACGUUCCCAGCUAGCGUCCAGUGCUAACUUCAGGCGUUUGGUCAUUGUGGCAAUGCAUCGAGACCAGGAGUAUGCAGACAUGCAAGCCGUCCAAUCAGAACUCUCACCCAUGGUGAUGGAUCUUGCUCCUCCUGCGAUGCCAGCCAAUCAACAGGUGCCGUUCCUGUCAGUGGGGGGUGACCUUGGCUGGCGGGAGGUGAGGGGUCGCGGGGUCAGUGGCCUGACGGGGGAGUACUCUGUGGAGGAUGUUCGAGGGGAGGACGGACACCUGUACCGUAGACUGGUUUUCAUGAACAACGACCAGCUGGUGCAGUCAGAAAGUCGCCUCAGGACCUCAGGCACAGCCACUUCAGCCCAUAAAAAGAAGAACAGAAAAAAGACUAAAGCAUCAGCAGAUCACGCCUCUCGACCUGCUGCUGACUCUGCCCAGUCGGUGGACCGUGGGUUCCUCUGCUGUGCCCACCACAAAGUCAUGGUGGCAGGCUUUGCCAUGCUGGGGAUGGGCUCCAUCGCCAACAAAGAACUACCAGUUUCUGUGUUAGUGGUUGGACUGGGAGGUGGAAGCCUGCCCCAGUUCGUGCGGGAUUUUGUCCCUCAUGUGCAAGUAGAGGUGGUGGAGUUGGACCCUGAGGUUCUGGAAGUGGCACAGACCUGGUUUGGGUUUGAGACUGAUGACAGACUGAAGGUGACCCUGGGAGACGGGCUGCAGCACAUCAGCACUCUGGAGAGUGAAGGUGGACAGUCUUAUGAUGUCAUCAUAUUUGACGUCGACAGCAAGGACCCCACCCUGGGGAUGAGCUGCCCUCCUCCUGCCUUUGUAGAAAUGGCUGUUUUGGAGAGAGUUCGUAAGCUGCUGACUCCAAGAGGUGUCUUCAUGCUGAAUCUGGUGUGUAGGGACUCCGCUCUGCGGCAGGCUGCUCUGGCAGAUGUGCGAGCAGUGUUUCCGUGUGUGUUCUCUCGCAGUAUAGAGGGCGAAGUUAACGAGGUCCUGCUGUGCUCUAAAGGCAGCGCUCAGGAGGGAGAGAAACUCUGUGGCGUCCCACCGACACUGCAACAGGCAGCCAAGGGCCUGCAGGGGGCGCUGUCAGACAACUGUAAAGGCAAAGCAUGCGGGCUGCACAUCGACGUUGUCUCAGAACUGGAGAAGCUCAGGGUGUCAUAAAGACAAGGCUCUGAGAACAGAGGGCAGUUUAAAGACAGAGACUCCAUCUGUCAGGACUCUCACAGCCUUUCACAGCUUUCAUGUGGAAAAUAUGGGGGAAUAUGGACGUUUUUCUGGUUUAAUAAUUCAUUAUGUAUUCAUAAAGUGUGGAGACUGGUCAUUUUUCUUGCCAGUGUGGGCUUUAAGUAAAAUGUUCUUCUUUAAAUCAUGCUUUUUGUCUGUUCCCCUUCUUCCAUAAGCUUAAAUAUUGAGGAGAAUGGCUUUGAAUGACUCUGUUUAUCAGAAAAUGAAUCAGAGUGAA